CCUCACAUAGGACAGGACAGUGGCAGUGUACAAUCAGCCUACGUCGCCGUAGCUACGCUGAUAUGCAUGCGCUUCCGGAUAAUAAUAAUAAUAAUAAUAAUAAUAAUAAUAAUAAUAAUAAUAAAAUAAAUAUAUUUAUAUAUUUGUGCACUUCUUACAUAUCGGAUCUCUGUCUUCUCUUCAAUUCAGAGUUCCGAAUUGCAUCUGUGUACGUACGCGUGUAUAUCUGACUUGUAUACGUGUAUUCAGUUUCUAUUUUGAGAUUGAUUGUAGAUUCGUUCUUCAAAUGUCUUAAUCAUUGCUGCAGAAAUCAAUUUUGGAAGUUCUUACAAUCCUGGUUAAAUUCUUCUUCCAUUUCGCUGCAAGGGAUUUAUCGCUGUUUCUUCUUACCUUGUGUAUAUGCAGCCCAGAAAGAAACCGUCUCAAAAAAUGAAAUAGACUGAUUUAGUGAUUUUUACUGUAAUACUGUAUGAAUAUGCUUCAAGUAAAAAAUAUUCCGUACUACUGUGUUCUGUGUUGUUUCAAGUGAUCGUUUAUUUGAACCGAUAACUAUUUUUUAUUAUUAUCCUGAAUGUUCGACCGACAUGGAUGGGUUCCUACUACACCCUUAAUUAACUUGAUUGAGUGGGGUUAUUGGUUGUUAAAGCUUGAUUAGCAGUAGCAGAAGUGAAGGCAAAUCAAAGUAUGAGGAAUUUCUGGGAUCUGUUCAUUGCGGCAUCAAUGCCUGUCCUCAAAGUGCUGCUGGUGACGGGUUUAGGAUCUGUUCUUGCAUUAGAACGUUUCGAUUUGUUGGGAGAGGAUGCAAGGAAGCAUAUGAACAAUAUUGUGUUUUACGUGUUUAAUCCUUGUUUGGUGUCCAGCAGCUUGGCUAAUUCAAUUACGUACAAAAGCAUGAUAAAGAUGUGGUUCAUGCCUCUCAACAUUUUCAUCACAUUUGUGAUUGGUUCGAUUCUUGGGGUUGUUGUCGUUCAGGUUACGAGAGCUCCCCAACAUCUACGAGGGCUAAUCGUGGGAUGUUGUGCGGCUGGAAACUUGGGCAACAUGCUUAUUAUUAUAAUUCCGGCAGUUUGUAAAGAGAAAGGCAGCCCAUUUGGAGAUCCUGACAUUUGUCAUACGUAUGGAAUGGGCUAUGCUUCACUUUCCAUGGCGAUCGGAGCAAUUUAUCUCUGGUCUUAUGUGUACAAUAUCAUCCGAAUAUCAUCGAGUAGGAGUUCCAAGGAAAUAGAAAUUAUUCACUCACCUCUCAGUAAAUCUCACUCUCCGUUAGAGCGUGGGAGCUCCACAGAACUCAUACUUCCAUCAAAUGACUGCAUCACUGAAAAGGAAGAAUUUUCAGAACAAAAGACAUCUUUUGGAGCUAAAGCAAAGCAGUAUCUUGAGAUGCUUUCAAGGAAGAUCAAUCUGAAGAGCAUAUUAGCACCUUCAACCACUGGAGCUAUUGUUGGUUUCAUUGUUGGUCUUACACCUGAAAUCAGGAAAUUGCUGAUUGGUGAUGCUGCUCCACUUCACGUGAUCCAAGAUACUGCCUUGUUGCUGGGGGAUGGUUCAAUCCCGGCUGUAACACUCAUAAUGGGAGCCAACCUCUUAAAAGGUUUGAGAGGAUCAUCAUCUAUAGAUAAGACCAUUAUUAUUGGGAUCAUUGUUGCUCGAUACAUUGUCCUUCCUAUAACAGGCAUAGCCAUUGUUAAAGGAGCCAUCCAUUUUGGCAUAGUUGCCCAUGAUCCAUUGUAUCAAUUUGUUCUGUAUCUUCAAUAUGCAGUUCCACCUGCCAUGAACAUUGGCACCAUGACUCAAUUGUUUGGAGCAGGUGAAAGUGAAUGCUCAGUAAUUAUGCUAUGGGCUUAUGGAUUGGCUUCAGUCUCACUUACUAUGUGGUCUACAUUCUAUAUGUGGUUGGUCUCCAGCUGAGUCCAUAAAACACAUUUUUUUUAGUACCAUUCGUUUCUUCAGUUAGCCUUUUGUACAUAAAAUAAAACAGGUAAUGGGGAUGAGACAGUGAGUGUGCUAUCUCUCUCCUUCCUUCUAGGAAAACUCUGGUUAUAGACAGAAAGGAGCUAGUGAGUAGGAUUUAUUAAUACGUGCUUGUUAUUGCAGAAGGAAAUGAGUCAAAAUGCUCAGCCCACAUCACAAUCCUUCAUAAUUUCAGUUCUUCAUGCCUUGAAUAACAACAAUAACCUUCUUUUUUAAGCACAUAAAUAGCCAAUGGCCCCUCAACAUUCA